AUGAUAAGAACGUUGUUCUUGAGAAGAGCUACUAUUCCUAUUAACCUUAACGGUAGUAGUAGCAUUACUAAACUAUUCACAAAAUGUUCAAUUAUUAAUCUUAGUCAAAAUACUCAUUAUAGCACGCGUCAUGUGCCUAUAUCCAGAAACAUUGCUAUAAACAAUAAUGAUAUCAAGAACUUGUUCUUUUUAAGCAGCUUCAAAAGAAAAUUGCAUACAACCAACAGGCUAUUUAAUAAGGAAAAUAAUAAAGACACUAAUAAUAAAGACACUAAUAAUAAAGACACUAAUAAUAAAGACACUACUAAUAAAGAAGACAACAAGAACAAGAAUAAUGAGCCCAAAUCUGCGAAAGAAUAUUUUAAAAGCAAGGAGUUCCAAAAAAGCAUAUAUUAUACGAUACUUUUCACUUUUUUAUUUAACGUAUUUACCGAAUUACUUAUGCCUUCUGAACAAGAAAAUUCUCAAGUUUUAACUUUCCAAGAUUUUAAAACUAAAUACAUGGAAAAAGGGUUAGUUUCGAAAAUAUACGUGGUCAAUAAAUAUUUGGUGGAAGCUGAAUUGGUACCAGAAGCUCCACAAAAGAUUGUAGCGUUCACUAUCGGCUCUGUUGAAUUUUUUGAAGAUGAAAUGGAUAGUGUUCAAGAUAAAUUGAAAAUCCCAAUUGGAGAAAGAAUUCCUAUAAUUUAUGUUGAAAGACAGUCCAUCUUCAGUUACAUUUGGCCAUUUAUUCCCACUGUGUUACUAUUAGGCGGGUUAUAUUGGCUGACAAAAAAAGUACCAUUAUCUGGUGGUGGGGCCAAUUCAGGCCCUGGUGGCGGUCCGGGUGGUAUUUUUGGGGUCGGGAAAUCCAAGGCCAAACUAUUUAAUCAAGAAACUGACAUAAAGGUUAAAUUUAAAGAUGUUGCCGGCUGUGAUGAAGCAAAGGGAGAAAUCAUGGAAUUUGUGCAUUUUUUGAAAAACCCGGAAAAGUAUACUAAAUUGGGUGCCAAGAUCCCAAGAGGUGCCAUUUUAUCUGGACCACCUGGUACUGGUAAAACUUUGUUGGCCAAAGCCACCGCUGGUGAAGCUGGUGUUCCAUUUUUGAGUGUAUCCGGUUCUGAAUUUGUGGAGAUGUUUGUUGGUGUUGGUGCAUCAAGGGUUCGUGAUUUGUUCAAAAGAGCUAGAGAACUUGCACCUUCUAUUAUUUUCAUUGAUGAAAUCGAUGCCAUUGGGAAAGAAAGAGGUAAAGGUGGACCCAUGGGUGGCGCUAAUGACGAAAGAGAGGCCACGUUGAAUCAGUUAUUGGUGGAAAUGGACGGGUUUGAUACCAAUGAACAAGUCGUUGUGUUGGCUGGUACAAAUAGACCAGAUGUUUUAGAUAAAGCUUUGAUGAGACCGGGUAGAUUUGAUAGACAUAUUCAAAUUGACAAUCCAGACGUUGAAGGUAGAAAGGCCAUCUAUAAGGUGCAUUUAGCAAGCUUAACACUAGAUCCUUCCUUGGAUAAACAAGUUUUAUGUGGGAAAUUGGCAGCAUUAACACCUGGAUUUUCUGGGGCUGAUAUAGCCAAUUGUUGUAAUGAAGCAGCAUUAAUUGCUGCUAGAAACCUGGACCCAUAUGUUGUUUUAAAGCAUUUUGAGCAGGCAAUUGAGAGGGUUAUUGCUGGUUUAGAGAAAAAGACACGGGUUUUAUCUCCGCAAGAAAAGAAGACUGUUGCUUAUCAUGAAGCUGGACAUGCAGUCUGUGGUUGGCUAUUAAAAUACGCUGAUCCUUUAAUUAAAGUUUCUAUUAUACCAAGAGGCCAAGGUGCUUUGGGUUAUGCGCAGUAUUUACCCCCAGACCAGUAUUUGGUUUCUGAAAUAGAGUUUAUUGAUAAGAUGAUUAUGGCAUUGGGCGGCAGAGUUAGUGAAGAGCUGCAUUUUAAAAGUGUUACCAGCGGUGCACAUGAUGAUUUUAAGAAGGUUACCAAUAUGGCAGCAAGCAUGGUUACCAAAUAUGGGAUGUCAAGAAAAGUAGGUUAUAUCUCGUAUAAUACUGAUAAUAAUAACGGUGGUAAUAAUGGAUUUAUGGUUAACAAACCUUUCAGUGAAGUUACUUACGAAAAGAUAGACUCUGAGAUCAAGAGGAUUGUUGAUACUUGCCAUGAAAACUGUAGAAAAUUGUUGACUGCUAAUAUUGACAAGGUUGACAGGGUUGCUAAGUUGUUAUUAGACAAAGAGGUUUUAACUAGACAAGAUAUGAUUAACUUAUUGGGGCCUAGACCAUAUCCUGAAAGAAAUGAUGCUUUCGAGAAAUAUUUAGAUGGGAAAUAA